AUGCUAUAUCACCAUUCUCAAGUCGUUAGGUUGUGCAACCUGGCAAGACCGACCUGCUCUCGUUGUUUUGAGCUUGGGGAGGCAUGCACCUAUACGUUAGUGAAACGCAGACCCGGCCCUCCUCGUGGCUCUCAUCAUACAACUCGCCGGUCCAAAUCACGCACAAAAUCUGUACCACCAGCCGGUGACAUCACACUUCAACAGCCCGAACUUAUCCUUUCUACGUCAGCCUUACUCCCCACUCCCGUGGACCCGGUUUACCCUGCACAGUCUAUCCGUGGAGAGCCGUCGCAGAACACUGAUACUAGCCCUCCGUAUUCGAGCUCUCUGCCUUUCCCCUUGUCCCAGGAGGAGUACCUCAUUGAGAGCUUCUUUGAUAUUGCCAAGGAUGCGAAUCCUAUCUUUUUGAAAGAACGGUUUCUUCGCCGCUAUCGGAGCUCACAAUGCCACCAAGAUCUCGUCUCGACGAUGGCCAUCAUUAGUGCAAAACUAACCCAAUUUACCACUCAUGAUGACGGGCCAAAUCUAGAUGCGGGACUAGAUUCACUUCUCAGCUCAAGCCAGCUAGAGGAUGAUCUUAUUGGUGACGCUCCAUCUCUCGAUCAAUUCCGCAAAGCAUAUAUACUGGCUUUUUAUGAGUUCCAUCAGUUCCCCGGGCACCACUCCUGGCUGCGUAUUGGUAGGAUAACGCGUAUGGCCUACCGUAUCGGCCUUGAUCGCCUUGACCAUAUCCGCACACUCUACCCCGAUUGGAGCACAAUUAGCGAUGAAGAUCUUGACGAGUGGCGAGCACUAUGGUGGUGUAUCUACCGACUCGAUACAUACUCCAACCUCGCCUCCGGAACACCAUACUUGAUUGACGAUACGGUCAUCAAUACCUCUUUUAACAUCAGUCAAAGAAAGAGUGCUUCCCACGGCAUCUUCCUGCCUCCUAACUCAGAUAAUCUAUCUCAACUUCUCCCUACCAUCACAUUAAAUCCAGAGACCUUGCUAAACAACAUUCACAAUAUUACUGUUGCCACCUUGCGCCAGGCAGGUCUAGUCAUCCGCAUGCACCUACUUCGAUGGCAAGAGGGGAUAGCGGCACAAGUCACCAAGGUCGACCGGCAGCUAACUGCACUCCGCCUUGCCCUUCCCCCGGGUUGGCUGAACCCCCGACGCAAUGCAUUCACAAACGAGACUCCCAUCGACCACCAUGAAAGGCUAAUCACCGUCUUCCAUUUGCGGAUGGCGCAAUUGCUCCUUUCUGUCGUGGACUGCGGUCACGGGCGAGUGGAUAACUGGCUGCCAAGUUGGCAGCGCGUUCUCGAGACAUGUCAGGACAUUGCCUCAUUGGCGGGUCAAUGGGAUACUGCAUUCUGCCUCGCUGUAGACCCGGCAAUCACAUUCACCAUCUUCACGACGCUUAUCUUCCUCGAUCUUCAUAGAAAGUCGAAUGGAAUGCUGCAUAAUAGUCUGCGCGCCAGUAUCGACCAUGAAAUCACUAUUCUUCAUCUACAGCUCAAGCAUUUUGGCGGGAUCUGGACACAGGCGAGGCUGCUUACUUUGUCCUUUGAGAGCUUUAGUGAAUCCGUGCUUGGACCGCUUUCGUACACCCAACUUGCCUUGGUCCUGUCGCGCUUCGAGGCACCACUACACCCGAGAUGGUUGCAGUUUCUUUCAUCUGGUCUAGACCUCAAAAGAAUAUGUUCUGAUUAG